AUGAAAGUUCCUGGUAUGAGGCUCUUCUCAAAACAUGGCCCUGUCACUGCAGCUCUGGAUAAAGAUUGGCUCAGUUGGGUGGACACAGACGUCACUCACUCUGAUAACGUGUUUUCAUUGAAGUUUAUCUCCCAGAAAGGGAGCCAGGCUGGAGCUGAAGAGAACGAGAGAUGGAAAAGCCAUCAUUUCCCAUUCUUCCUUCAUAUUAAAGCGUUUCUGAAUAGAGAUCUCAAGAUUUGGGAAUGUAGUGAGUUUGAAGGUGAUGGAGUGCCCCUGCAGUCUCAGUCUGUCAGCUCAUUGAUCACUGUUACCACUGGACAACGAUGCUCCAAGCUGCUGGAGCCAAGCAACUGGGCUUUGCUUGCUGCAGGUGCUCUCCACAGCUGUGGUCCAGGCAGUGCUACCUGGAGCUACACAGCCCCUGGAUUCCCUUCUCACUCAUUCCACCUCUCAUCAGGUGAGGAAACACAAACGGGCUCAUUUAUUAGAGUGUUGCAGAACCACCGAGGCGAGCAGCGAGACCCGGGCACCACCGAACCUCCCAGCAAGGCUGGUGAGAGGACAUUGCGGCCGAAGCGGCGGAUCCCGCUGGUGCCGGAGAACUUGCUGAAGAAGAGGAAGGCGUACCUGGCCAUCAAGGCCACCCAGGCCAAGCAGGCGCUGCUCAACAAGCGCAAGCAGCAGAAGGGGAAGCAGAUCCAGUUCAGGCGGCUGGAGACCUUUGUUCGGGAUUCGUGGCGCAAGCGCCGGGAUGACACCCGGCUGAGGCGCAUGGAGCAGAGGCCUGGGCCGGCAGCAGCACCUCAGGAGAGCAAACUGGCCUUCGCUGUGAGGAUUGCGGACAUUAAGGGAGUGACUAAGAGGGUGAGGAGAGUGAUAGAGUUGCUGCGGCUGAAGAAGAAUUACACUGGGGUAUUUGUGAAGCUGAGCCCGCUGUCGCUGAAGAUGCUGCGGAUCGUGGAGCCUUACGUGGCCUGGGGGCAGCCUAACCUGAAAUCUGUACGAGAGCUCAUCCUGAAACGGGGCCAAGCCAAGAUCAAGAAGAAGAGGGUGCCUCUGACAGAUAACAUGCUGAUAGAGGAGCAUUUUGGGGGCUGUGGUAUAAUUUGCCUGGAAGACCUUAUUCAUGAAAUCUACACAACUGGGAAGUAUUUCAAAAGAGUAACCAGCUUUCUGUGGCCAUUCCACCUGUCGGUGGCGCGCCACGCGUCGCGGAACAGAGUGGGUUUCCUCAAGGAGAUGGGCAAGCCUGGCUACAGAGGUGACGCCAUCAACCAGCUCAUCCGUCAGCUCAACUAGCCAGGGUCUUUAUGAAAAUUUCGGGAUUACAACUUGUUCCUUUUCACAUGUACCUUUCAUGGACAUUAUCUACGUGCAACGAUCUGUAUGCAACUUCUCUUGACUGCUGGUGCCUCUAUAAAAGAAGAAAUACGGAGAUGAUGAUGGAGAUGGACUUCGGGCUGGCCCUUCUUAAAGAAGAUAAAUUCUGUUUGGUACAAGAAUGAGCUUCUUGGAGCAAUUUGACUUUUGCAUCUCUGUAAAAUAAGUGGUUUUUAUGCUCACUACUGCAGACUUCAUUCUUUGAAGUGCACCUCUUUCUAGUGCAGUCGCAACUGUGCUGACAGGCAAAAGAAAACACCAAGAUAUUCUGUUACUGCAGCACAAGCCCCAGCAGUGAAUAACAGAACUUUUAAGUACCUAGAUAGUAUUUAUUUUUAAAAAUGAUGGGUUUUUUUGCUCCUUUUGUUUUUUAAAGAGGACUGCCUUUUCUUUUUUAACAUCUGCUAGAUUGGGACUGCUGGAGAGGAUUAUUUCCUGGAAAUAGGAAAGCCCAAAAAAGGUUGUAAUACCGUUGUGUGGGGUGGGGUAUAUGUAAUCAAUGUUUUUUAAAUAAACUUCUGAAAUUAUA